GUGUCAGUGUGCCCAAGUCAGCAUCGCGCCAAGCUCUGACUCUGAGCUUGCGAAGCCCGAUCGCCAUCUUUCACCUUCAUUGUGCCCCGUACAUACAAAUGUUAGUCCGUGGCCUGCAAGACAGCUCUCACUUUCCUGCCACGCUUUCCUGCAUGGACCCGCCGUAUCUGCCUGACGGUUUGUGUUCCGUAUGCCAAACUGUACAAUGCCGUCGCGGGAAUUGCUAUCAAAUCCAAUCGGUUGAACGGUGCCACGCUCAUAUGGAACGGGUUCAGCUGGCUUGCCAAGUUUCCGAACAUUGCGCGACUUUGUACCUGUGAUUGAGAAACACUACGAUGUAGGAAAGCGUAUGUAGACUGCAUGUGUAUUGAUAACAGACUGCAGUAAGAGGCGGGUGCGCCUUGACAAGUGGCGAUGCCACAAGGGCGAAUCACUGCCGAGGAGCAGACAAAGGAGCCUCGGGAGCGCUGCGUGGAACUGCUGCGGCUGCUGGCUGCGGUCGACACCUUUCCACGGGGCGGUUUGUGCAGCGGCUACUACGCAGUAUGUGCAGCGCUGCGCUACCUGCAGGUGUGGCGGCCCAGCCUUGUUCAUCUCAACCAGCAGGAUGCGCUGCCGCCCUUGGACGUGGCCUGGGCCUGGCUCGUCGCGCGUCAGCAGCCGAUACCAUACCGCGCGCUGGGCAGCGGCAACGGGCCCUACGCGACGGCAUUCCUGUUUGGUGUCACCUCUGACCGGGAUAGACGCUGCUGGGCUGAGGCGGUGGCAAAAGCCGCAGCGGCAGCGGCGGCUGAUGCUGAAGGCGUCGGCAGCCGCGCGGGGCUGGCAGGUCAGGCGGCGUGGCCCCCGCCGCCGCCGGUGCCUGGCGAGCAGCCCUGGGCAGGCAUCAGCACCGAGCUGUUGCAGGAGGCUGUCGAGCUGGCCGAGGACAUGCAGCGCUUCUCCACGCUGCUGCGCUCCUGGCUGCGGCCGCAGUUCCUGGACACGGACUUUCUCGUACGGGCCCAAUUCAGGUACAGCCAGUUUCUGGAGCUGCACGCGCUGAACCCGCACACCGUGCUGGUGCCCACAGCCGACAUCGCCCUAAUGUGGCACACCCACAUUGCGCUUCACGGCGAGUAUGCGCGCUCCUGCGGCGAGCUCUUUCCCGCCGCCCCCGCCCCCGCCCCCGCCACCAUCACCACCACAACCACCACAACCACCACUAUGGCCAGCGCUACCGCGUCUGCAGCGUCCGACCACGCAGCGCCCAGCCAGCCUCCCCUUCCCGAUAGCGGCACAGGUGGUAAGUGCCAGGGCGGCGAGGGCAGCCACAGCGAGGGCAGCCACGGCGAGGGCAGCCACAAGGUCGGCUACCUGUUCUCGCCUGACUACCUGCGGCUGCGCGGCAUCCAGCUGGAGGCGGCGUUUGCGGAGACGGCUCGGCUGUACGAGGAGCAGUACGGCGAGCCGUACCUCAGCUACGAUGUCGCUUGGAUCCCGCCCGGAGAGGUCUACCCCGCCGCUGACCCGGCCGGCCCGCUAUCAGCGCUGCUGGAUGUAUUCAACGCCGUGCCGGCUGCCGCGUCAGACGCCCCCGCCACCCACCUGGCGCAGCAGGUGCCCUCGACCCGGCUGCAGUCACCAAACGCACCCAAGUGGCACGCCGCGGCCGCUCCACGCGCGGGAGGCCAUGCGCUGUUCACGCUGUGGCUCAUCGCCCGCACGCUGGCGGAAGGGCCGCCCUUUCCGCGGCUCUCAAUGCGGGUCGGCCAGACGGGGGUGACCGGCGCCGCGGAAGCAGACGCCGCAGCCGCAACAUGCUGCGGCUGCUUUGGCGCACCGCGGCGGGCGCUGCCUGCGGAGCGGGUGCUGGGUCUGGCCAGCGUGGCGCAGACGGGCGGGUCGGAGGCGGUGGGCGACGUGUCCGCUCCCAAGCUGUCCGUGCUGUCGGACCUGUUCGCGCUGGCCAUCGGCGAGCGGAUAGGGCUGCUUUACCACAUGCGCCUUCUGCCGGCAUGGACGGAGCACCCGUUCCUCGCAUGCAUCCGCGAGCGACCUGGCCUGUGGGUGCCCCCUCGGACUGUGGUCGUCAGUCCGUCCCAAACCAGCGUUGACAGCACAAAGCGUGACGGCAGCAGAUUUGCCGCUGUCGUCGUUGCUGCAGCUAACGACGCGCGGCCUGGUGGCGUCGGCACGACGCCGGCAGCUCCUGACCGCCUGGUCCUUCGGAAGGAGGUCCAAUUUGAGGCUGCGGACUCAGAGCCUGACUCACCGCCACCCGCGGGCGGAACGGCACCGCUGUCGCCGCCGCCACCGCCUCAGGACGCGACGCUCAACCGCGUGUGGGAGCCGGCACCGUCGGCUUGCCAGGGCGGCAGAUACGCUGUGACGGACUGUGAGCGCUUCAUGGAUUCCACGGCGCCGCUUGGGCCGCAGCUGGCGGGCCUGGCAGAGGCGCUCGGCGGGCCCUUGUCGGUUGAGGCAUUGCCGUCAUCGCAGUCGGGGCGGGAGCUGGUGGCCGGCAGCCGCAGGCUGCUGGGACGGAGGAGCGAGACCGCCAGCCGCCGGCCGCGCAGCAGCUCGAUGCGGCGUGCCAGGGACGCCGGCGGCGGCGGCGGAAGCAGCACGACGGACGCCGGCGAGGCUACGCGGCCGAUACAGGACCUGCUGCGUAAGCAACAGUGGCUGGUGGAGGUGCGGCGCGUGGUGCGGGGGCGCGCGGAAGAGCCGUUCGAUCCCCACGCCCGGGGAUUGCGCUACACGCCUGGCUCCGCCACCCUCACGGAGGGCGCAGGGCUGGGACUGGAGCUGCCGGUCAACAGAAGUCGGGAUGCUGACGGUUCUGUGGGCGCUGGCGGUGCCGAGACCGCAGGAGACAGGGUUGCGGACCGUCGGGCUGUGCGGAGCAUUGCAGAUGUGUAUGACUUGGAGGUGGAGCUGCAGUUGGUCACUGCGGUCGCAGUCGUGCUCCCGGCGGCCGUGGACACCUCAGGGGGCCGACGCGACCCAUGAUAAGCCGAGCAAGCACGGCAAGGGCUCAUAGAGCACGCGUGGGGUGCGCGCGAAUGUGCGAUGCAACAGGGGUAGGGGCGGGGUGGUGAGUCCCGAUCAUGCGUGGCGUAUCCCCCGUGGCGUUCAUGGAUCGAGUUGCAACGCAGCAACGGCACGCAUGGGCGUGAGGAAGAUGCAGUCUGAUGCAGUGCGCUCAGCGUGCGGCGCUUAUGGAAGCGCGGCGCUCGUGGAAACGGGCCUGCUGUGGGCGGUACACCUACCACAGGGCUCCUACCUACCCACGAAAGUCCCUUAGCGAACAAGUUAGACUUUCACCGGCACUGACUGCUACACCUGCGCUAGGGACCAGCAGCUUGCAAUGCAGGGCAAUCCGAACAAGUCCAUGCCUGGUCCCCAUGCAGGCCGAUGGGGGCGUACCGCCCGAGUUGCACACAGCCCUCCUUCCGGGCGUAGAUGGUACGGAAGGGGCUAUCUACGCUGAGUAGACGCUGCGGGCCUCAGGUCACAGUUACAAGAACAAUAGGUACGUGCACUCGGGAUACGGAAUAGUCGCAUGAGGAUUGCACGCAGGCACGCAGGGUAGGGUUCGAUGGGAUAGGGUAAGAGACAGAUUGGUGUAGUCCCGUAGUGUGCAGCGCAUUCCCAGACCCUAACCGUUCAAUUUGCGACAUUAAAGCAUGAGUGCGCGGCUGGUAUGCUGCCGUGGGCACCUGUGCCAGCCGACUGCACGCAGGGUAGGGUUGUCAGAGCGUGUGGUCCUGGUGGUCCAGUAGCGCUGCAGUGGUACGGCGUUGUGGCAAGUUAUGCGGGCACAGCUUAAUAGUGCCACGCUUAAGUGCGCGUACUGCGGAACCCUCAGUUUGAGCAAGAGCGGCGCUUUACGUGCGGCGCGGCGGCACACAAAGCGAAUUUGCGCUAGCAGUGUGGCGGCGUCAUGUCGCUAAGCGUUCGCUCAGAAACCGUUCAUCCUUCCAUGUCAACA